UAUUCAUAUACCCACCACUGUUACGCUUCUAUCCGGUUUCCAAUUUUACAGUUGAGGCCUGGAUAUAGAGAUUCAAGAUGGUGCGCAAAUUCUCGAAAUUCCCCAAGAAGCCCGCAGGCUGGGUGUCCCCUUCGGCGCCGCUGUCGAUGCGGAAGCAGGUAUUUCUACCUGACUUCACAAUCGCCCUCAUACGCACACCCUUCCUUCCCCCGCGAUAUGCCACAUUCUAUGUGCCCUUGAAUUUCAACAAGCUCGAUAUGCGCGACUACCUGCAGCGCUUAUACGGCGUCGGUGUUCUCCGCAUCCGCAGUUACGUCGAGCAACAGAAAGUGACCCGCCUGCGGCCCCUGGGCAAGUUCGGAUACGGCCGUCUGAGAAGACCGAUGUCGAAGAAGAAGAUGACGGUGGAGAUGAAACAGCCCUUUGUGUGGCCCGAGGCGCCGACGGAUAUGUCACCAUGGGAGAAGGAUCAGUACUUCAACGCCGAGAAAUAUCAGGAAGAAAUUCAGCGCUCGCAACGACCCGACGCUGCCAUGGAGCCCAACAAGGUCGAGCGCGAAGAAUACGCAAAGGAGGCGAAGCAGCUGCUGGACGGCACGAAGACCUGGAGACCGACUUGGCAGGCGUUGGGACUCAACUAUGACCGGUCGAUAUUCAAAGCAGCCAAGGAUUCGACUUCGACAAGUUCAUAGAUGGCAUUCUUUUCCUUUCUGCUUCAUUCGUUCUGGGGAUAGAAAAGCGGGAACUUGCUUCUUUUCGUGGCAUUUUUCUUUCCCGGAUUCCGUUCUCUUUUACAUGUUCAUUAACCUUGUAUCAUAUGUCGAAAUUUCAUCUGACUAUAAAUACGAUAUUCAGGGGCGUAGUUUUUAC